UCCGGGGUUGCUUUUUGGCCUGGACGCUGCAGGUAGUAAGGAGCUGUUGUCUGGGUGGAGAGCGGAGCUGGCGGGGCGGACUCGUGCGGCGGGGAUGCGGUGAGCAUGUGUCUAUGAGCGGGCCCGGAGCAGCGGCUGAGACCCGGAGAAUUUAAAGGCCGGAUGUUACAUACACGGCUGGGCUGUGCAGGACGCAUCCCUUCAGUGUACGGGCUGGUAGGUGAUUCAUGGCCGGGGACGUGGAAGGGUACUCUUCUUCAAUCCACGAUAGCAGUGUCACUGCAGGAUUCAGGGCACUGUACGAGGAAGGCCUGUUGGUGGAUGUCACCCUUGUGAUAGAGGAUCACCAGUUUCAAGCGCACAAAGCACUGCUGGCAACUCAGAGUGACUACUUCCGUAUCAUGUUCACUGCCGACAUGAGGGAGCGUGAUCAGGACAAAAUCUACCUUAAGGGAUUGACCGCUACAGGCUUCAGCCGCGUGCUCCAGUUUAUGUACUAUGGUAACAUUGACCUUAGCAUGGCUACCGUCCAUGAAAUCCUGCAGGCGGCUAUGUAUGUGCAGUUGACUGAAGUUGUAAAGUUUUGCUGUUCUUUCCUCAUGGCUAAAAUUUGUCUGGAGAACUGUGCCGAGAUUAUGAGGCUUCUGGAUGACUUCAGCGUUGACGUUGAAGGUGUCAGAGAGAAGCUUGACGUGUUUCUGUUGGAGAACUUUGUUCCUCUUAUGGCUAGACCUGACUUUCUCUCCUACCUUAGCUUUGAAAAACUCAAGAGCUACCUGGACAAUGAUCGUCUGAGUCGGUUCCCCGAGAUUGAGCUGUAUGAAGCUGUUCAGGCUUGGUUGCGACAUGAUAGGAGGCGCUGGAGACACACAGAUACCAUCAUUCAGAACAUCAGGUUUUGUUUGAUGACUCCAUCCCAUGUCUAUGAGAAGGUGAAAACCUCUGAGUUUUACAGAUAUUCACGCCAGUUGAGGCACGAGGUUGAGCAGGCACUAAACUACUUUCACAAUGUCAGUGAGCAACCCUUAAUGGACAUGAAAUCCAACCACAUUCGCUCAGCUAAACCUCAUACAGCGGUGUUCCGAGGGAUGAUUGGACAUAGCAUGGUAAAUAGCAAAAUCCUCCUCUUGCACAAGCCACGCGUCUGGUGGGAGCUUGAAGGACCUCUGGUGCCUCUACGACCUGAUUGCUUGGCUAUCGUCAACAACUUUGUCUUCUUACUUGGAGGAGAAGAACUGGGCCCAGAUGGCGAGUUCCACGCGUCAUCAAAAGUAUUCAGAUAUGACCCACGUCAAAACAGUUGGGUGCGAAUGUCUGAUAUGUCUGUACCUCGGUCUGAGUUUGCCGUGGGUGUGAUUGGGCGAUAUAUUUAUGCAGUGGCCGGAAGGACGAGAGAUGAAACCUUUUAUUCGACAGAGCGCUAUGAUAUCAUAGAAAACAAAUGGGAAUUUGUAGACCCUUAUCCGGUCAAUAAGUAUGGCCACGAGGGCACAGUCCUCAACAAUAAGCUGUUUAUCACUGGUGGGAUUACAUCCUCUUCAACUUCCAAGCAGGUUUGUGUCUUUGACCCAAGCAAAGAAGGAACGGUAGAACAGAGAACUCGGAGGACACAAGUGCACAUGAACUGCUGGGAAAAUAAGUGCAAAAUGAACUACGCCAGAUGUUUUCACAAGAUGAUAUCUUACAAUGGCAAACUUUAUGUCUUUGGUGGCGUAUGUGUCAUUUUACGAGCGUCUUUUGAAUCUCAGGGCUGCCCCUCCACAGAGGUUUAUGACCCUGAUGUGGAUCAGUGGACUAUUCUGGCAUCGAUGCCCAUUGGCAGGAGUGGCCAUGGAGUAGCUGUGCUGGAUAAACAGAUCAUGGUGCUUGGCGGACUCUGUUAUAAUGGUCAUUACAGCGACUCCAUCCUUACUUUUGACCCUGAGGAGAACAAAUGGAAGGAGGAUGAGUAUCCCAGAAUGCCUUGCAAGCUGGACGGCUUACAAGUAUGCAGCCUCCACUUUCCAGAAUAUGUUUUAGAGCACGUAAAACGUUGCACUUAACAGUAAUCUAAAACUCCUGUUCCCAUUUUUUUUUUUUUUUUUUUUUAUGUCUUAAGCAAAUCGGAUCUUUACCCUUUCUAUGCUUUAUGUAAAGAUUAAAUAUUAAAUGCUUUCAUGAAACAGGGAGCAAUCCGUUUUGAGAAGUCCGAAACUACUAAUGGGUCUGGCCUGAAUCUUACUUAAUAUCAAAUUGGUGUGAGUAUGUUUUAUACAUUAAUUAUUUUUGUUUAUGAUCUUACUUGAACUAGUCAAGGUUUUUUUUUUUUUGUUUUUUUUUUUAUUGACAUGGGCUAAAAACUUUCCUGUACAAAUAUCCCCCUUUAAAUAUCUGCAUGACUCAGGCCUUUUGCUACCUCUAAUAUUCUUUAUAGCUAAAAUGUGACCUCUUCAUCAGGUCCAUAAACGGGAUGACCCGAAAACCACGGCAGCUGUAAGAAAUGGUGCACAAAGCACAACUAUUUAUUGAGGUUUGCAGAAGCCUCAAAUUAAAGGGAAAACUUUUAGCUAAUAAAUGUGUAUUAUUGCACAAGUGACUUUCUUUAAACCUCCAGUUUCUCUCUACCGUUGGAACGUGCACACCCUAUGUAAUAUGGAUCAUACCAUUUAGUAUUGAUAAGGCUUUUAAAAUGUUAACAGAUCCACUAAAACUAUAUAAAAUACAGGUUGAGUUAUGUAAGUAAAAUAUAUAUACUACUGGUACCGUCUAACAUUUACACGUGUAUACUAACGGGACAAGCCAUUAAGUGUGAGUUAGGAAGCCCUUCGUUUUUUUUGUUUGGUUU